CGAAAAACCCAAUUCGGACUCAAUCUCUGAAGUGUUGUCUUUUGGGUCUUGUCCAACCAACAAUCAGCGACGGCUUCAACUCACCGGAUAUCAAUGAUGUAUGAGGGGUUUUGAUACCCCACUUGCAAGAUUGUUAGCCUGACAAGACUUUUUCAAAAAUGUUUAGCAGUUCUAUAAGAGACGCCACACAGGCUCAAAGCAAAAAUCAUAUCAGUUAUCGCUCGGUCGAUGUUACUUAACUAUGGGCGGGACCAGCACUUCAAACACAGUUCAUGAGCUACAACGCACGGUCGGCCAAUGGGAUCUCGGCCUUGAUACGACUGCGCAGACAGAACCUCCCACAGACGGCGGCCAAGACGCAUGGCUGGUUCUUACAUCCAGCUUCAUUCUCGGAGCAAUAGUGUGGGGCUUUCCGUACAGCUUUGGUAUCUUCCAAGAAUACUAUCUACGUCAAGAGAAGUUCUCUGGUUCCCACUCCGGCGUUGCUGCCAUAGGUACGACGGCAAUGGGAAUCAUAUACCUCACAGCCCCGGCUCUCUACGUCAUCAUCCACCGCUAUUAUACAUACCGCAAGAUGAUCAGUCUCGGUGGCUUUGUCAUCAUGUUGAUGAGCCUACUUGGGGCAUCAUUUGCGAAGACUGUUUCGCAACUACUUGUUAACCAAGGUCUUUUCUAUGCCCUUGGGGGCGCAAUGCUAUACUUCCCGGUAUUCAACUACGUUGAUGAGUGGUUUAUCAAGCGGCGAGGACUCGCGUAUGGUGCGCUUAUCGCCGGCGACGGCGCUGGAGGUGUAGUCAUCCCAUUCGUAAUGGAGUGGAUCCUCAACCGUUGGGGUUUUCAGACUGCUCUGCGCACCUGGGCAAUCGUCUGCCUUCUACUGGUGACACCAGCUUUGGUUUUUCUGAAGGACUAUCCGGUCAAUCAAAAUUUCGAGCACACUCCUCGGAAAGUCGAUCUGAGAUUCCUGAAAACCAAGGCAUUCUGGAUCCUUCAAACCGGCAAUAUGCUACAAAGUCUUGGUUACCUCAUGCCUAGUUAUUACCUACCCUCCUUUGCAGUAUCCCGUGGAUGGUCUCCAUUCACUGGCACAAUCGCAGUGUCUCUAUGCAAUGCCGCAAUCGUGUUUGGCACAGUCACAAUAGGUUGGCUCUGCGAUCGCCACCACGUCACCGUCACGCUGAUGAUCUGUACCAUAGGUACUUUGCUCGCAGUGUUUGUAUUUUGGGGCUUCUCAGUCUAUCAACCGGUGAUGUAUACUUUCGCCAUCGCCUAUGGUUUCUUUGCUGGCGGGUUUCCUGCAACUUGGGCGGGCUGUAGCCAUCCGGUGCGUCGUACGUAUCCAGUUGAGACGGGUAUGAUAAUCGCUCUCUUCACAGCCGGGAAAGGCGUAAGUUCCGUUGUAUCUGGUCCUUUGGGUGGGCUUUUGGCGAGUUCUGAUGCUUGGAAGGGCCAUGUUGGGUAUGCUUAUGGAAGUGGAUUUGGGUAUCUGAUCGUGUUCUCUGGCGUCACAGCGUCUUUCGGAAGCUUGGGUUGGAUCGGGAGGAAAUUUGGCUGGAUUUUGUGA